CUCUGGGUGAAGGUUUUGGUUGUUCUUCUUCCCUCUCUCGCGUUCGCUGGCUGAUAUUAUUGAGAUUGUUGGGGGGUGUUUCUCCAAACGAUUGAGAUCAAAUCGUCAAAAUCUGAUGGGCGACGUCAUCUCCGAUGAAGAUUUGUUACUCAAGAACUUCUUUGCCGAGGUCGGCGAAGUUGAGCGCGACAACGAAGUACUUAGGAUCCUCUCUUGUUUCAAGUUAAAUCCGUUUGAGUACCUUAAUCUACCGUUUCAUUCUGCCCCAGAGGAAGUGAAAAAACAAUAUCGUAAGCUGUCUUUGAUGGUUCAUCCUGAUAAAUGCAAACACCCACAAGCUAAGGAGGCAUUUGGUGCAUUAGCAAAGGCCCAGCAGUUAUUGCUCGAUCCACAGGAAAGAGAAUAUAUUUUAAACCAAGUGACUGCAGCUAAAGAGGAACUUAGAGCAAAGAGGAAGAAGGAACUGAAGAAAGAUACAGCUUCCAAGCUAAAGUCAUUGGUUGAUGAGGGAAAAUACAACCAGGAGUAUGAGAAGUCAGAGCAGUUCCAGAAGGAAUUGAAAUUGAAGGUUCGAGAAAUUCUGACUGAUCAAGAAUGGCGGAGGAGAAAGAUGCAGAUGAGAAUAUCAGAAGAAGAAGGAAGAUUGAAGAAGGAUGAGGAAGAAACGAAGGAGAUGUGGAAAAGGAAGCGAGAGCAUGAAGAACAAUGGGAAGGAACUAGAGAACAAAGGGUUUCGAGCUGGAGGGAUUUUAUGAAGGGCGGGAAGAAGGCGAAGAAAGGAGAGAUUCGACCACCGAAACUGAAGACGGAGGAUCCUAACAAAUCUUAUGUACAACGACCAGUGAAAAAAGGUUGAUUGAAUUCUGUGUUGGGGAUUGAUUCAAUAGGAAGGACCUGAAUGAAAACACACUGGAUGGAUGGAUAAUGGUCAUUAUUAUAUUUACAUUUCUUCUAUCAAACUUUUUGUAUUAUAAAAUUAAAUAUUAAUAUUUGAAAUGUUGAAUUUCUUUUGAUGAUG